CUUUUCUUUUUUUUUUUUUAUCACCAUUCUUUCUUUUUCAAUUCAUGGAUAAAUAUCAGAAAAUCGAAAAACUCGGUGAAGGUGCUUAUGGUAUUGUUUAUAAGGCUCAAAACAGAGAAACGAACGAAGUUGUAGCAUUAAAACGGAUUCGACUGGAUAAUGAAGAAGAAGGUGUACCUUGCACAGCUAUUCGAGAAAUCUCCCUGUUAAAAGAAUUGAAAGAUCAGAAUAUUGUUAGACUAUACGAUGUAUUACAUAAAGAAAGAAAACUCAUUUUGGUGUUUGAAUACUUGGAUUCUGACUUGAAGAAAUUUUUGGAUUCAAAUGGUGGUGAUAUUGACGAAUGGACAAUCAAGCAAAUGAUGUAUCAAUUAUUAAAGGGUAUUGCGUUUUGUCAUGAACACCGUGUACUUCAUCGGGAUUUAAAACCACAAAACUUAUUAAUCAAUAAGAAAGGGGAACUGAAACUUGGUGAUUUUGGUCUUGCAAGAGCCUUUGGUAUACCAGUACGAAGUUAUUCCCGUGAUGUGGUCACACUUUGGUAUAGAGCUCCUGAUGUAUUGAUGGGAUCAAAACAAUAUUCCACUUCAAUUGAUUUAUGGUCCGCAGGAUGUAUUUUUGCAGAAAUGGCCUCUGGUAGUCCUUUGUUUCCCGGUAGUUCCGUGUCGGAUCAGUUACAAUGCAUAUUCAAAGUUUUAGGUACCCCCACAGAAGAAACAUGGCCCAAGGUGUCUCAAGUUCCAGAAUACAAACGUGAUUUUGAAAUUUUUGCUCCUAUACCAUUAGAAUCAUUAUUACCGAAAUUGGAUCCUCUUGGCAUAGAUCUGUUAAAGAAACUGCUGGAAUACCCACCUGAUAAACGGAUUACAGCUAGCGAUGCUCUUCAACAUCCUUAUUUUGAUGAUUUACGGAGAAAGGAACAAAGCACCGACAAUUUAGCAACAAGCAAAUGAUCCUUCAUCCAUAUUUAUCUUUAGCUUUAGUUAGUACUUUUACACUUUAUUUUUACUUUUAUUUUACUUUUAUUAUUCUAUAUUCAUAUCUCUCCAUAUCCUCCAAAAAAAAAAUCACCUCCCACCUUUAUGUUGUUUAUACGCAUCCAUCAAUAAAAAAAAAUUCAUUCGU